UAUCCAUAAAUGGGAUGGAUGGGGAGCAGCAUUCCUCCACUGAGGGGUAAUAUUUUUGUUUUCAUCAGCAAGUGGUUCCUAACGGGGUAAGGCUGAGCUUGUUCUCUGCUUUGCGAUCUUCAAUUCGUACUAGGUUUGCUGAAGUGUGACAGCUAUGGCGAGUAAGGCAGUGCCAUUUUAUCAGCGGAGGCAUAAGCACUAUGAUCAAGAUUACCGUAGCACUCAGACAAAAUAUCUGAUCCAUGAGUACUCUGCAUCAUCAUCAAGAGCUUCUUCUUCAAAAUCCAGAACAUCGCAAUCAAAUGUUUCAGCUCAAGCCUUGGGAUCCGAAUCUAUAAAGGUUGGACCCCAUUCCAAGAGGCUUCGUUCUACUGCUGAUGAAGAAAUAGUGGAAUAUGCUGUGCCCCUUUUUCGUACCAGAAGUGUAGCAGAACAAGAUGAAUAUAAACGGAGGGUGGUGCAUUUUGGCAAUGAGUUGUCAAGUUUGGAGAGUGAAGUCCAUAGUGCCAGGGAGGCCACGAGACGCCAAGUGGACAAACUUGCUAUUCAAAGAGUGGUUGAAGAAAAGAUGGCUUUUGAGAGGCAUGUUCGUGAGGAAUGCAUGAUCCGUGCCCCUGAAUUCCUUGUAAGACUGAGGACCCACACUGUUUGGGAAAAGUCACCAGUGAAACUCUUCUGCACUGUUGAAGGAUACCCUAACCCUAUUGUUAAAUGGUUUAAAGACAAUGUUAUAAUUGAUACAGCAAGUGAACCAGGAAGGUACAGAAUUGAUAGUAAAUAUGGAGUGCACAGUCUGGAAAUUCACAGAUGUGAAGUCCGUGAUACGGCUCAGUACACUGCAGUUGCAACUAAUGUCCAUGGACAGACAUCUACUAAUGCUUCAGUGAUUGUCAAAAGGUACAGAGGUGAAGAAGAGCCUUACCACUCAGUGUUGCUGCCUAUGCAGAUUCCUAUGCUGCCCGAAAUAACUUACACUAAAAUUGAUAUCAUGUUUCUGGAGAAGUUUGAGGUGACCUUCGGCACUGAAGGAGAAACUCUUACCCUGGUCUGCAAAAUGAUGAUUGUACCUGAUAUGGCCAAUCUCCAGCCUGAAGCUCAGUGGUACAGAGAUGAUGUUCGUAUUAAGGAAUCAAAAUGGGCUGAAAUGAAGUUCGGAGCUGGUGUUGCUAGAUUAACUCUGACUCAUCUUAAUAAGGAUGAUGAGGGCCUGUACACAUUACGCAUGGUUACCAAGGGUGGAAGUUCUCAGCACUGCGCCUAUAUAUUUGUAAGAGAUGCUGAAUCAACAGUAGUUGGAGCCCCCGGAGCCCCCAUGGAUAUUAAAAUUCAUGAUGCUAACAAAGAUUAUGUCAUUGUAUCCUGGAAACCACCAAACAUCACUAGUGACAGCCCAGUCAUUGGAUACUUUGUUGAUAGGUGUGAAGUUGGAACUGAAAAUUGGAUUCAGUGCAAUGACUCUCCCAUUAAAAUCUGUAAAUACCCAGUUCAUGGUUUGUUUGAAGGGCGCUCGUAUAUGUACCGGGUGAGGGCAGUGAACAAUAAAGGCAUCAGCAGGCCUUCCAGAGUCUCUGAAGCUGUAGCAGCCCUUGAUCCUGCUGACUUGGCUAGACUGCAAGUCAUUCAUCUGGAAAGAGGAAAACAAAUUGUGAUCUGUCAAGAUGAACUGGAAGGUGAUGUUAAGAUCCCCGGACCCCCCACCAAUGUACAUGCUUCAGAGACAAGCAAAAUAUAUGUUGUGCUCAGCUGGGAACCACCUGCUCCCCGCGGCAGGGAAUCAUUGAUGUACUACAUUGAGAAGUCUAUGGUUGGCAGUGGAACCUGGCAAAGAGUUAACACUCAGAUUCCAGUGAGAUCUCCUCGAUAUGCUGUAUUUGACUUGGCAGAGGGAAAGCAAUACCUUUUCCGUGUGCUUGCUGUUAAUAAGUUUGGUACCAGUGAUGCUUCUGAGCCUACUGUACCUAUUCAAGUUCAUGAACUCUAUGGUAUUCCUUCUGCUCCUGGUCGCAUUCUGGCUACAAGAAAUACAAAAACCUCAGUUGUUGUGCAGUGGGAUCCCCCAAAACAAGCUGGCGGACUUAUUGGCUAUUACAUUGACUCCAGCAUAGUGGGAUCAAAACAGUGGAAAACAUGCAACAACAAACCAGUGAAACACACCAGGUUUGUGGUUCAUGGCCUGACCACUGGAGAGAAGUAUAUCUUCCGUGUGAAGGCUGUAAAUGAUGUGGGCUUCAGUGAGGAAUCGCAGGAAUCAUCUCCCAUCAAUGUGCACGCUGCUCUUACAAGCCCUUCUCCUCCUUAUGGCAUCACUCUCCUUGCCUGUGAUGGCCACUCCAUGACCCUGGGCUGGAAGCACCCACGAUAUUCUGGUGGUUCUAAAAUCACUGCUUACUACAUAGAUCAGCGUGAUGUGGCUGACCUGCACUGGAAGGAGACUAACGUGCCCCCCAUCAAAGAAAGAAUUUACAAGGUCGAAAACCUGAAAGAGGGCUCAUUUUAUGAGUUCAGAAUUCAAGCUGCCAACCUGGCUGGUGUGGGGCUUUCUUCUGAUGCAAGUGACCACUUCAAGUGUGAAACCUGGGCGAUGCCAGAACCAGGACCAUCCUAUGAUCUGACAUUCUGUGAGGUUAGAAAUACUUCUCUGGUGAUUCAGUGGAGGGCUCCUAUAUACACUGGGUCAAGCGCAGUGACAGGAUACCAUGUGGAUAUUUGUGAAAUGGGUUCAGAGGAGUGGAAAACUGUGAAUGAGAAGACAAUAAAUCAUCGUUACCUGAAGGUUUCAGAUCUGGAGGAAGCCAAGUCAUAUGUUUUCAGAGUUCGUGCAGUCAAUGCAGCUGGUGUGGGAAAGCCAUCGGAUGUUUCUGAACCUGUGUUUGUCCAGGCUAGACCAGAAACAUUGGAAAUUGCUUCUGGUGUGGAUGAAGAAGGCAACAUUUAUAUGAGCUACAAAUGCAAUGAAAUGACAGACAUUUCUCAGUUUGUUUGGUGCAAAUCCUAUGAAGAAAUCACUGAGUUCGACAGGGUCAGCAUUGAAACAGAAGGAGAUCACUCUAAAAUUGUCUUCAAAAACCCUGAUAAAGAAGAUCUGGGAACAUACUCUGUGUCUGUCACAGACACCGAAGGUGUCUCUGCAAGCUAUGUGCUAGAAGACAAAGAACUGGAAAAACUGAUGGCUCUCAGUCAUGAAAUAAGGAACCCAAUGAUCCCUCUGAAGACUGAACUGUCUUAUGAGAUCUUUGAGAGAGGACAAGUUCGUUUCUGGCUGCAAGCCGAGAAGCUGUCCUCUGCGGUCAAUUACAGAUUUAUUGUUAAUGACCAAGAAGUCACAAAUAGUGAGACACAUAAGAUUAAAUGUGACUCCUCCACUGGCAUUAUUGAGAUGGUAAUGGAUAAGUUCACAGCACACAGUGAAGGUACCUACACAGUUCAAAUGCAAGACGGAAAGGCCAAAAACCAGUCCUCACUGGUUCUUAUUGGAGAUGUUUUCAAGGCUGCCCUAGAAGAGGCUGAGUUCCAGAGGAAAGAGUAUCUCAGGAAGCAAGGUCCCCAUUUCCUGGAAUAUCUUUAUUGGCAUGUAGAAGAGGAUUGCACUGUUAUGUUGAUCUGCAAGGUGGCCAACGUCAAGAAAGAGACUGUGUUCCACUGGUACAAGGAUGAAGUCGAGAUUAUACCUGAAGAACCAGAUAAUGUAAUGUCUGGAAUAUGCAAGUUGCCAAUUCCUCAGUUCUCCAAGAAAGACCAGGGUGUUUUUAAAGCAACCCUAACCGAUGACAGAGGGCAGGAUGUGUCCUUAUUUGAAGUAGCUGGCAAAGUGUUUGAUGAUAUCAUAAACGGCAUUAGCAGAAUAGCUGGAUCCUCUGCCUCUGAACUGAAGAUUCAGUGCACCCCAGAAGGAAUUAGGCUUCAGUGCCACAUGAAGUACUACACAGAAGAAAUGAGAACAGUCUGGUCUCACAAAGAUACAAAGAUUUCCUCAUCUGAGAAGAUGAGAAUUGGUGGUACUUCUGAACAGAUCUGGCUGCAGAUCUGUGAACCAACUGAUAAGGACAAAGGCAAAUACACUAUCGAGAUUCUGGAUGCCAAGCAGUCAUACCAUCGUACCAUUGAUCUCUCUGGUCAAGCUUAUACCGACGCAUAUGCAGAGUUCCAGAGACUCAAGCAAGCUGCCUUUGCUGAAAAGAAUCGUGGCAAAGUUAUUGGUGGUCUGCCUGAUGUGGUAACUAUCAUGGAAAACAAGACUCUUAGCCUGACUUGUACUGUGUUUGGCGAUCCGACUCCUGAGGUGGUCUGGUACGCGAAUGAAAAGGAAAUUGAACUGGGUGAUCACUUCAAAGUGACCCUGGAACAGGGGAAAUACGCCAGCCUCACCAUCAAUGGUGUCUCGACAGAGGAUUCAGGAAAAUAUGGCAUCAACGUCAGGAACAAGUAUGGUGGGGAGACUGUUAAUGUCACUGUAAGUGUGUACAAAUAUGGAGAUGAUCUGCCAGCACCCAAACUUGGCCAAAUGCCUAAACCUGCUCCACCUCCAGUACAAAAGCCAGCAGCAAAGCAACCUCAGCCCCCCAAAACGGGAAGGCAAACUAGGAAGUAAAUAAGAAAAACUAUGUACACUACAAAAGAGAGUGGCAGUAAAAUGAGUUUAUAGCAUGAGUUUAGAAACAAUUGAAGCUAUUUAACUUGUCAUUUUCCACUAAAGAGGUAUAUUACUGUACCCUGAUUGUUUGGACUCGUCAUUUAGAAAGGCAAGGGAUUUGUAAUGCUUCAGUAGUGUUACCUACUAGUGUUACCUGUUAUGAUAAAAAGUGCAGUGAUGAAAAUAAGCAUCACUGACGUUUAGAAGCUGAGGCGCUUCAAUGAUCCUACCUAUUGUGGCUUUGGUGAAAAAUGACUCUUGCUUUAAUAUUUAAGUUUGAAAGCUGCAACUUCAUUAGUAAAAAGUCUGAAAUGUAUUUGUGGAUUAAUAGAUACUGAAUACUGAACAGUUAUUAUCCACAACAGCACACUGUUGUCUAAAGAAAAGUCACCUGACUAAUACACUGAUGUUGCAGAGUUGCUGUAUUGCGUUUCUUUUGCUUUGUGUUAAUAAAGAUUAGAAGUCA